GAAUGUUGUGUGGAAGUGGGUGGGGACAGAAGCUUGAUUUUUGGAAAUGAAACUGUAAGUCAACACGAGAAAUUGUCUGUUUCAGUCAGAGUAGCUACAAAUAUAUCGCCGACAGUAUGGCCGCACUGCGCAAUAAAUCUGACCAAGAAAUCAAGGACCUGCUGGAUGAGUAUGGAAUUAAGCAUGGUCCUGUCGUUGACACUACAAGACCACUGUAUGAGAAGAAGCUGACAGAAGCCAUGGUCAAAGCCAAGGUCACUGUGACAAAACCAUCCCCAGACAGAACCUUCUACAGAGAGGACCAGGAAGAAGUCACCUAUGUCACCUACCAGACACCAGUUAGAAGUGAGGGUCUUUCUGGAGAUGGGAAACCCUACAUGAGGUCAAGACCAGAGUACAGCGAGAGGGACCGGGUGGAUGAUAAACCCUAUUCAAGAUCAAGACCAGAGUACAGUGAGAGGGACCGGGUGGAUGAUAAACUCUAUUCGAGAUCAAGACCAGAGUACAGCAGUGGAAGACCGUACAUUGAUGAGCCCCAUGUCUACAACACACCGUCGUCUUCAUCCUACUCCAAACCAACGCCUGUGGUGAAGUCUGGAAGUGGCGUUGUGAAGAAGGAAAACACAACGACUUCUGGGAGACUGAUCCCUCUCUGGGUCCAGUUUCUGGUCUUCCUGGUCCUAGCCGGGUUCCUCUACUUCAUAUUCACUAACAUGGAGUCUGCAGAGAGUAGCCCCUUUAACAGAAUCCAAUGAUCAAAACAUUUACAAAUAAAUGUCAAUCUGGGAUAUGUUCUUUAGGCACGAAACGGUCCAAAAAUGGGGAAGUACUAUUUGUUCUUGAGCUAUAAGAGUCACUCGUUUUCUGAUGGACAAUGUUUUUGUAAAAAUGUUUCAUUACGUGUGUCCUAAUGAAUAUGACCCAGUUAUAUAUAUAUAAUGACACUUCCUAUGCCUGUUUUUUUAUAUCUUUUAACUCUUUUUGCAUGUUCUUUAAGGUGACUGGGUUCUGGGAACUUUUACUAUUGGUGAAAGGAAAGCUGUAACAUUUCCUCCUGUGUAAUGACUAGAUGGUGAUGGUGACUACUUUGGGGUGCUUCUACUGUGGGGUAACAGUACUGUCUUCAUCUUCACAAAUGCAGAGAGCCCGCUGCCCACAGUAAAUGUAGAGAGCCCGCGGCCCACAGUAAAUGCAGAGAGCCCGCGGCCCACAGUGAAUGCAGAGAGCCCGCUGCCCACAGUAAAUGCAGAGAGCCCGCUGCCCACAGUAAAUGCAGAGAGCCCGCUGCCCACAGUAAAUGCAGAGAGCCCGCGGCCCACAGUAAAUGCAGAGAGCCCGCGGCCCACAGUAAAUGCAGAGAGCCCGCGGCCCACAGUAAAUGCAGAGAGCCCGCUGCCCACAGUAAAUGCAGAGAGCCCGCUGCCCACAGUAAAUGCAGAGAGCCCGCGGCCCACAGUAAAUGCAGAGAGCCCGCGGCCCACAGUAAAUGCAGAGAGCCCGCGGCCCACAGUAAAUGCAGAGAGCCCGCGGCCCACAGUAAAUGCAGAGAGCCCGCGGCCCACAGUAAAUGCAGAGAGCCCGCGGCCCACAGUAAAUGCAGAGAGCCCGCGGCCCACAGUAAAUGCAGAGAGCCCGCGGCCCACAGUAAAUGCAGAGAGCCCGCGGCCCACAGUAAAUGCAGAGAGCCCGCUGCCCACAGUAAAUGCAGAGAGCCCGCUGCCCACAGUAAAUGCAGAGAGCCCGCUGCCCACAGUAAAUGCAGAGAGCCCGCGGCCCACAGUAAAUGUAGAGAGCAUGUAGAAAAACACAUCUAAGUUUAACUGGAAAAUCUCUAGUUAUUUCUGGAAGUUAGCUGGCUAACUCAUGGAUCCUGCAUUGUAGUACCGGUAUACCCCUCAGGAGAACCCCGGCCCACCUGGCGCUAAAGUUCUAAAUGACGUUACAAAACUCUAAAUGACGUUACAAAACUCUAAAUGACGAUACAACUCUAAAUGACGAUACAACUCUAAAUGACGUUACAAAACUCUAAAUGACGAUACAACUCUAAAUGACGUUACAAAACUCUAAAUGACGUUACAAAACUCUAAAUGACGUUACAAAACUCUAAAUGACGUUACAAAACUCUAAAUGACGAUACACAAUUGUAAAUGACGUUUUAAAGUUCUAAAUGACUUUACAAAAUUCUAAAUGACGUAUUAAAGUUCUAAAUGACUUUACAAAAUUCUAAAUGACGUAUUAAAGUUCUAAAUGACGUAUUAAAGUUCUAAAUGACGUAUUAAAGUUCUAAAUGACGUAUUAAAGUUCUAAAUGACGUUUUUUAAAGUUGUAAACAGAUCCAUAGCCCCCCAUUUAAUUGUGGGGGACAAUACCGUUCUAAAUGACGUACGGUAGCAUUUUGAACUGUUAAUGAUUUCUAUCCAUACAUUUCUAGAACUGUAAUUGCUGUGGUCGGUGUAUGGUCAUUUUUAAAUGUAAUGUGAGUUGUGGUUUUGUUAGAUGAACUCAUGCCACCGGUACUUUUUAGUUUUCUACACCUGCAGUAUCAUUUUGUAACAAAGUAACUUUUUAAAGUUUUCAGACACUUGUCUGUUUUAUCAGAGGAGAUCACUUUGGUCACACAAGAAUGUUUAUAAGCACAGGCUGUGUCCUAUAUAGCCAAUGGGAUGCCAUUUAGGACAGACCCAGUUUACAAAUGAAAAUACCUUCAGCAGGACAGCAACUGUUCAGAUGUACUAUUUUCUAUCCAGCCAUUGAGUCAUUCAUAGGAUUCUCCAACUUUAAAAAUAAAUGUUUUUGUAUCAA